CUGUCUUGGAUCCGCUUGAACUGAACUCUCGCGGCUGUGUUGGAGCCACUAUGGAUUGAACUUUCACAGUAUCAUGUUAGACCCGCUCGACAUCCAUUGCUUUCGGUCCCCUAGAGGGGGGGUUGCCCACAUCUGAGGUCCUCUCCAAGGUUUCUCAUAGUCAGCAUUGUCACUGGCGUCCCACUGGAUGUGAAUUCUCCCUGCCCACUGGGUGUGAGUUUUCCUUGCCCUUUUGUGGGUUCUUCCGAGGAUGUUGUAGUCGUAAUGAUUUGUGCAGUCCUUUGAGACAUUUGUGAUUUGGGGCUAUAUAAAUAAACAUUGAUUGAUUGAUUGAUGUUUAGGGCACGUCCAACCGGUAGGAGGCCACGGGGAAGACCGAGGACACGUUGGGAAGACUAUGUCUCCCGGCUGGCCUGGGAACGCCUCGGGAUCCCCCGGGAAGAGCUAGACGAAGUGGCUGGGGAGAGGGAAGUCUGGGCUUCCCUGCUUAGGCUGUUGCCCCCGCGACCCGACCUCGGAUAAGCGGAAGAAGAUGGAUGGAUGGAUGGGUUGUUAGUGAGACUAACUUGUUGCUUGUGUGCUGCCUGCAGGUCUCUCUCUGGUCGUCGGCCUCGUCUUGUACAUCUCCAACAUCAACGAUGAAAUGUUAAACAGGACCAAAAGCAACGAGGCCUACUUCAGCUACAAGUACGGCUGGUCCUUUGCCUUCGCUGCCAUCUCCUUCCUCCUCACUGAGACGGCGGGCGUGAUGUCGGUGUACCUGUUCAUGAAGCGCUACACGGCGGAGGAAAUGUAUCGGCCCCACCAAGGCUUCUACCGGCCUCGACUCAGCAACUGCUCCGACUACUCGGGCCAGUUCCUCCACCCGGACGCCUGGGCCGGGCGUGGCCGCAGCCCCUCCUCCAUCUCCUCCGAGGCGUCCCUCCAGAUGAACUCGUCCAACUACCCCGCCCUCCUCAAGUGUCCCGAGUACGAGCAGAUGUCGUCGUCGCCGUGCUGAAACACAGGAUGAAAAGAAACUUCCGCUGAUGCCAAAGGAAGACGUGGCGAAGGGGCCACCUUUAUUCACGACCACCUCCCACUGCAACUUUAGGUGGGGAGUGUAUUACUCGCGCAGACAAAGUGUGGAGAAAAUUAAUAUAAGUGAGUCAAAAAUACAAUUAUUGGCUUCUAAUGGAAAGUACGUGUGAUUGUAUUGUAUAGAAGGAAAUACUGCUAUUUAUGGAUAGAUAUUUUUGUAAUUGAUGCCCUUAUUAUUGUUGGCCAUGUGCCAAGAAAGCUACAAUAUUGAAUAUCAUCAUUUCACGCAGCAUUAAUAAGUAAACAUAUCACACAAUCAUGUUAUCUUAGUUCACUUUAAUAAUAAAUAGUGUUGAUAUUUCAUUGUAAUUUAGUGGCAUGAUGUGGAUCUAUACGCUAUGAAACAUGUCUUUACUUUGUAUUUAGUUCUGUAAGCCGGUUUAUUCAGCAUUUGUCUAAAAAUAUUCAAUAUUAAUAUACCAUACUUGCAUUACUGUCAACCAUUGAUGAAUCAUGUUGACAGCAUGUUACUAGAAGGUCAUGGUGUGUACUGUAUAUACUUGUACUUUGACCUAUGUUUUGUUGUUGAGUAGAAUAAUAUGUUCAUGUUAGCUCGGCGUCUCACGGACAAUGUGAGCUUUUGCAAUAUAUGGACGUGUAAAGUACUCAGAAGGUCGUCACAGUCCAAAUGUACAGUAGAAAUAUUAACCGUGUAUUUUUACAAUGCAGUUUCCUGAUGUUCAAUGUAAACGUACU